GCGGCGGGGGCCGGUCCCCUGGGCCCGGGAGUCCGCGCGCGGGGCGGAAGUGGCGCGCGCCGGGAUGGCGGCAGGUCGGUAGCCGUCGCCGCCAUGGUGCUGAUCGAGGGCGUGGGCGACGAGGUGACCGUGCUCUUCGUGCUGCUGCUGGCCGCCGUGGUGCUGGGGCUGGCCUGGGCCUCCACGCGCGCCCCCGAGCCCGCCGAGCCGCCGCGCGCCGCCGCGCCGCCACACGUCGCUGCGCCGCCGCCUGAGCAGGGGCCCAGCGCCGCCGCAACCGGCGGCGAGCCCAAGGCGGCGGCGGCGGCCCCCGAUGGGUCGGGCGGGCCGGCGGCGGGGCUGCGGCCCCGAGGCGGCCCCGCGCCCGCGCAGGGCAGCCCUGACGAGGCAGGCGGCCCCGGCGACCCCACCAUGGUGCUGCGGCUGAAGUUCCUCAACGACACAGAGCGUCUGGCCCGGGUGCGCCCCGGUGACACCGUGGGGGCCCUGAAGAGGGCCUAUUUCCCAGGCCAGGAGCAGCAUGUGCGGCUGAUCUACCAGGGUCAACUGCUGCGAGAUGACGCUCAGAGCCUGGCUGCCCUGCACCUCACCCACAACAGUGUCCUGCACUGCCACAUCUCCCAGCACAGCCCAGCCCCUGCGCCCACCGGCCCCCACGCGUCCGCUGACCCUGUGCACACGGCCCUCAACGUGGGCAGCCUCAUGCUGCCGCUCUUUGUGCUCAUGCUGGCUGUGCUCUGGUACUUCCAGCUGCAAUAUCGACAUGUCUUCACUGCCACUGCAACCACCUUCUUGGCUGGUCUCACCUUGCUCUUCAGUUUCAUGGCCUUUACCAUGUACCGCAGAUAGCAUUAUCCCUGCACCCCUGAAAGGACCCUAUAAGCCCUCCUACCUGGGAAUAAACUUCGUACUGGGUGGAGUUUGCCCACUGCACCUGAACACGAGGGGGAGUCUGGGCUAUUGACUGCAUCUCCUGGUUUUUCUAGGGGACUGUUUAACAGGCUUGCUGGAUCUGAGCAAGUCAGAUCAGGGCUUGAGUCCUGAUGCCUAGCCAGGAGGUAGGCAGUCUGUGGCCCACAUUCUUUUGUCCCUUGGCUCCUUUCUCUUUAUGGCAGAGGAAGAAGGGGUGCUGCUGUAAGGGAGCACCUACCUGGAGCCUGGCAAUGCUAGUUCUGUGCUACAGCCAGAGCCUUAAUUGUUGCAAGUGCAAAGUGUUGUGCUACCUCUAGGGAGGGAAAAUACUAUAUUGCAAGGAGCAAGUUCUUCUACAGGAUGGGUUAAGAUGUCUUGAAGUGGUCCUCUGUUAGCCCCUGCUGAGAGGAAUCCUGCUGUGCAAAUGGAGCCUGUCCAAGCUCACCUGCCCCCAUCUGUUCUUUGCACGUGUUCUGUACACAGGCUGGGCACUCCAGUUCACGUGCUUGCUCAUCCACAAACUUGUGUAUGGUGUAAGUGCUCCAGGGAGGCCUGUGUGCACAUCUCUCCUUGCACGCUUUAGUGCUUGCCCAUCUGCACGCAGACCCAGGCUCUGUCCUGUGUCCUGGUGCCUGAUUAACUGCUUCCCAUGAGAGUGACACUGUGCUACAAGCAGUGCUACGAGCAACGGUACCAUGAAAGGGAGCUGCUGGCAGCUGGCGGCUGCCCGUGCUUUGGUCUCGUGGCUGUUGCUGCCAGGAUGCUGGAGGGGCAGGUGGGUAUGGCGUGCGGGUGUGACGCGGCCGUUGUGCGCCACACUCCUGGCAGGGAGUGGUGGUGCUGGGCCCCCGGGCUCACCGCAGUGGCUCUGCCUGCAGGCUCCCCGGGGUGGGAGUGGGGGGGCAAGGCUCAGAGCAGUGGAGCAUGUUGCUCACUAAUGCUUCUUUUAAAAUAAAAACCCACAACUGUGAAUGCUUAAAA